AGGGCAAAGUGUUUGAUCCGGUCCAAUUAGAAAAUCACAUGCCCAUGGAAUAACCUAAUCACCGAUCGUGUGCCAAUUCUUCCGAUCCGGCAUCUCUCUUUACCGCUCCUCUCAGCCAGACGGUCGUACGCUAUUGCUCUCUCCGUUUCCAGCUCCUCCUCCCCCUAGGUCGGACGCUGUCUACACCACGCUGUUCGUCUAAUAUCCCGACCAAGCUUGAGUAGAAGUAUAAAAAAUGCAAAUGGAAAGUGCUUUGUCCGUAAUUGGUCCAAGGCCAUCCGAACUGUCAAAUCCUUUUGGUGGAUUCCAAGCACCAGGACCAAAUGGAAAACAGAGAACCUCAAGCCUGGAAUCUCCGAUCAUGUUGCUGACUGGACAUCAAAGUGCCGUAUAUUCAAUGAAGUUCAAUCCUGCAGGAACUGUAAUUGCAUCUGGUUCGCAUGACAAGGAAAUCUUUCUAUGGAAUGUAUAUGGCGACUGCAAAAACUUCAUGGUCUUAAAAGGGCACAAAAAUGCUGUUCUGGAUGUCCAGUGGAUGACUGAUGGGUCAGUCAUAAUAUCCGCCAGCCCUGACAAGACACUUAGAGCUUGGGAUGUUGAAACUGGAAAACAGAUAAAGAAAAUGGUUGAGCAUUCGUCUUUUGUCAACUCAUGCUGUCCUGCCCGAAGGGGCCCACCCCUCAUUGUGAGUGGAUCGGAUGACGGGACUGCCAAACUUUGGGAUAUGCGCCAAAGAGGAGCAAUUCAAACGUUUCCAGACAAAUAUCAAAUAACCGCGGUUAGUUUCUCUGAUGCAUCUGACAAAAUAUACACAGGUGGGAUUGAUAACGAAGUGAAGGUGUGGGAUAUCCGUAGAAGUGAGGUCACUAUGACCCUCCAAGGACAUCAUGACACUAUAACUGGUAUGUCACUGAGUCCGGACGGGUCCUAUCUCUUGACCAAUUCCAUGGACUGCAGUCUUCGUAUUUGGGACAUGCGUCCAUAUGCCCCACAAAAUCGGUGUGUUAAGAUCCUUGAAGGUCACCAACACAAUUUUGAAAAGAACUUGUUGAAAUGUGGUUGGUCUCCUGAUGGGAGCAGGGUAACAGCUGGCAGCUCUGACCGCAUGGUUUACAUAUGGGAUACAACUUCCAGGCGGAUUUUGUAUAAACUUCCUGGACACACUGGGGCUGUGAAUGAAUGUGUCUUUCAUCCGUAUGAACCUAUUAUUGGUUCCUGUAGUAGUGAUAAACAAAUCUAUCUCGGUGAAAUUUGAGUAUUCCAGAGGUGUCCUCGAAACUGUCAGGUACAAAUCUAGAAUUAAGACUGAAGUUCUUUUUCCGUAGCUGGAUGUAACAUUUCUGACAAGAGUAUGGUUUUAUCUCACCAUGAACAAAGGGUUUGUUCAACUUUGAUAUGUUCUAAAAAGAAGAUUUCUCAAUUGGAUGUUGGUGCCUGUUAAGUUGCACGUUGACAUAAUUCAUCUUUGAUGUGUUUUGGUGCUUUUCCACUAUUUACUUUCUCAAAGCAAAGAACUCCGUAUAUUUUAUCUGUUGAGCGUUGUACGUUAGAAAUGAUGCGUUGUCAUGUAUGACAUAUCUUAUGUUAUCUCUAGCGGAAGAAUCAACCGAUGAGAGGAGGCUCUGGGAAUGAUCAGAUUUUGUGGUGCCAGGUCAGUUGACAACAUAUAUAAAGAAGCUCAGAUCCUAUUUCUUUUAAUAUUCAAGUGGAAUGUGGGGUUGAAGGACUUAAUAAAGCACACUUGUCAUUCUAGGACCCUGCAAUAUUUGUUCCUAUGUGCCCAACAAUUCAUCUCAGGACAAAUCAAGCAGGAUACACUGAUAACUGUAACUCCAAUUAUAAGUAAAGCAGGUUUCGACAUAGCCUCUAAUAUAUAGAUAUCCCAAAACUUCGCCACAAUCACGAAUUUAUUGUUUGGCACUUGGAAAUUUUUUUUGUCAAGGAAUUUAAAGCAUUUCUUUGUUCAAGUGAAAAUAGUAAAUUUGUUGAUGCCAUCAAGGAAUUUUUUAUGAAAACCCAAG